AUGGUGCCCUCCAUCAGCCACCAAAUGGUGGCUCUGCAGACCCUGCAGCUGCUGCAGCAAGAGUGGGGUUGGGAAGAUGGUCCCGGCGCCCCAAGGAGCCCGAGCGACCCGGACCACGUGUCUGCUGCCCCAGCCCACCGUUCAGGCCCGAUGCGGACCAGACCCGGGCCAGAACGUGAGGAGGGCGGCGGGGGCGUGGGGACCAGGAAUAGGGAGUCCAGGAAGCGGGCGAGCUCUCCUGAGGUAGAAGUGAUGCGAGGCGCGGAGGGGGGCGCGGAGCUGCUGCCCUUCCCCCGGGACCGCGGGCCCUGCACCCUGGCUCGAAUGGCAAUGCGAAGCGCUCUGGCCCGCGUGGUGGACUCGACCUCGGAGCUGGUCAGCGUGGAGCAGACUCUGCUGGGACCUCUCCAGCAGGAACGGUCCUUUCCCAUUCACCUGAAGGAUAGUGUUGAGUUUAGAAACAUCUGCAGUCAUUUGGCUCUACAAAUUGAAGGACAGCAGUUUGACAGAGAUUUGAAUGCUGCUCACCAGUGUUUGAAGACAAUUGUCAAGAAGCUGAUUCAGUCACUUGCAAAUCUUCCUUCAGAUGCCCAUGUGGUAGCCUGUGCUUCCUUGAGACAGAUCUUACAGAAUCUCCCAGACAUUUGAGAGUUCAGGAUGUCUGGAUUGAAACCACAGCUAGCACUGUUAAGACAACAGGAUACCUUAUCUUUCUAACUGAACCGGUAGACAAUGGAUGUUUUUAUUCCUGAUGAGAAGAGACUUUGAUACCACAUGCAGCAAUU